AUGGGUCAAGAACUGUGCGCAAAGGCUGUCCGGCCCGGCUGCGGCUGCCACGGCUGCGGGGAGGCAGGCGAUGCGCGCGGCUGUGGGAGCAGCGCGCCCGUGACCGCGGAGGCCGCUGCGAUCGAGCUAACAGACCUAAAAGAAGCAUCGAGUUCCAUGACUUCAUUUCACCCCAGGGGACUCGAGGCCAUCCGUGCCCGGAAGGUCGAGAGUAAAAGGCCGCGGAGCAACAGUGAGUCUUUUCAGGAAGAGCAUCCGAGGCGGGGCUUUCCGUGGAGGAAGAGCCUCCCUUUUGGGGCAGCCUCAUCGUACUUGAACUUGGAGAAGCUGGGUGAAGGUUCUUACGCUACAGUUUACAAGGGGAUUAGCAGAAUAAACAGACAACUGGUGGCUUUAAAGGUCAUCAGCAUGAACGAAGAGGAAGGGGUCCCCUUUACAGCCAUCCGGGAAGCUUCUCUUUUGAAGGGUCUGAAACAUGCCAAUAUUGUGCUCCUGCAUGACAUAAUCCACACCAAAGAGACACUGACAUUCGUUUUCGAAUACAUGCACACAGACCUGGCUCAGUACAUGUCUCAGCACCCGGGAGGGCUGCAUCCUCACAAUGUCAUGCUUUUCAUGUUUCAACUUCUGCGGGGCCUGGCGUACAUCCACCACCAACACGUUCUUCACAGGGACCUGAAACCUCAGAACUUGCUCAUCAGUCACCUGGGAGAGCUCAAACUGGCGGAUUUUGGUCUUGCUCGGGCCAAGUCCAUUCCCAGCCAGACAUACUCUUCGGAAGUUGUGACCCUCUGGUACCGCCCUCCUGAUGCCUUACUGGGAGCCACUGAAUAUUCCUCUGAGCUGGACAUAUGGGGUGCAGGCUGCAUCUUUAUUGAAAUGUUCCAGGGUCAACCUUUGUUUCCUGGGGUUACCAACAUCUUUGAACAGCUGGAGAAGAUCUGGGAGGUGUUGGGAGUCCCUACAGAGGAUACCUGGCCUGGAGUUUCCAAACUACCUAACUACAAUCCAGAAUGGUUCCCACUGCUGAAACCUCAGAGCCUUCAGAAUGUCUGGAACAGGUUGGGCAGAAUUCCUGAAGCAGAAGACCUGGCCUCGCAGAUGCUGAAAGGCUUUCCUAGGGACCGCGUCUCCGCCCAGGAAGCCCUGGUUCAUGACUAUUUCAGCUCCCUGCCAGCUCAGCUGCACCAGCUCCCCGAUGAGGAGUCUUUGUUUACAGUUUCAGGAGUGAGGCUGAAGCCCGAAAUGUAUGACAUUUUGGCUUCCUACCGGAAAAGUCACCACCCAGCCCCUUUUAGCAAAUGCUGGUGAAAAGAAAGGGAGACAUCACCAACAUCCUUCCGGGGCUACCUUGCUGCUCUUUCCGUUUAAUUUGCCUCAGCUUACUGAGAAGCUUCCAUUUCAACCCCAUGCUGGACCAGGGGUCUUAGUUAUCACCUGUGACCUGGAAUGUUUUAAAUAUCUCCAAGGCAACAGCACAUGAUACUUGAAGAAAAAGCAAUGGAAGGCUAUUGCUAUUGUCAUUUGCCUAGAAUUUCACAGUGGUUGGCUCAAAAAUUGGCCAGAGACGGAGAUAGUCUGAGAGGAGGACAUCUGCCUAAUUUACUCAUUUGAUUGAGAUCCCUGGGCAGGAAGGACAGCAGGACAGACGGGAGACUGACAAUGGAAAGAAUUCAAAGGCAGAGCCUGUGCUUACAGAGGCCUGUUGCUCCUGUGUUCACUUACAGUGUCUCCCAACAAAAGGACUUGUGUGGCAAG